AUGGAUGGCCUCUCAGAAGGCAGCAACAUUCUUACGCUUCCUUCCGGUCGCAUUCUAGCAUGGAACGCAUAUGGCGAGACCCUCAAAGGUGAAAACUCAGACAGUCCCGGAGUUUUGUUCUAUUUUCAUGGAUAUCCUGGCUGUUCUGUUGAGGCCACUCUCAUCCCAGCAGAGCUCCUCCAGAAUAGCAAUAUACGCUGCAUCGCUCCCGACCGACCUGGCAUGAACAUGUCGACGGACUAUUACGAGCGCCGUAUAUGGAUUGGCCCGCAGAUAUCCUGGCAAUCGCCGAUCACUUGGGCAUAUCCCGGUUCUUUGUGCUUGGUGUCUCAGGGGGAGGUCCUUACGCCCUAG